ACUAAAAAUUUGAUAAAAAUGCUACCUACCUAUUUUUCGAAGUAAGUUGAGAAAAUUUCACCAAUUGUGGCAGUGAGUGGUUAGUGUACUGCAUUUUAAUUACUCGUAUAUUCAUAAAGAUAAUGAAAGACGAGCUAUAUGUUACCAUACCUCAAGGUAAAUUGCUGGGUAAAGAAUGGAUUUCCACGUUCACCGGAGAUACUUAUUAUGGGUUUUCGCGCAUCCCUUAUGCAAAACCACCCGUAAAAGAAUUAAGAUUCAUGCCUCCGCAGCCUGCUGAUGGAUGGCAAGGUGUUCGCGAUGCCACCAUCGAAGGAGAUGAUUGCUUACAAUAUUCAGUUUUUAAACUCAGCUUAAUCGGAUCAGAAGACUGCUUACAUGCGAGUAUUUACACUCCUGAGCCGCCAUGCAAAAUAACAUCUCCGAAACCAGUGAUAGUGAUAAUUCAUUGGGGAGGUCAUGCUUGGGGAUCUUGUUCUUCGAAGAUAUGCGGAUGUGUGGAUUUUAUGAUGAAAUCGGAUGUCGUUAUUGUCGCUUUUAACUAUCGUCUUCAUGUUUUUGGAUUCUUAAACCUUGGAAUACCCGAAUGCCCAGGUAAUAUGGGCUUAAAAGAUCAAGUAAUGUUGCUAAAAUGGGUGCAAAAUAACAUCAAAUAUUUCGGAGGUGAUCCAAAUAAUGUCACUUUACAUGGAAUUAGCUCGGGGGCCAGCAGUGUGCAUUUGCAUAUGAUGUCGCCCAUGUCCAAAGGUUUAUUUCAUAAGGUUAUUUUGCAAAGUGGAUACGCUCUAAAUCCCAUAUGGAGUUACCAAGUUUCACCUUAUGAAAGAGCCUUAGAGCUGGCAAAUGUAUUAGGGUACAAAGGUUCGAAGAAUCCUCAACAAGUGCUGAAAUUUUUCAAGAGUAAAAAUGGCGCAGAUAUAGUCAACGGCAGUGGUGUACUACGUAAUAUAAAGAAAACGGAAGAUGUAAUCAGAUUUGAAGCAUUUUCAUUUCUUCCAUCGAUUGAAAGAAUUGAGGAAGGUGCGUUUAUGUUGAAAACUCCUCGUGAAAUGUUUGCGGAUAUGAGACCUGUUCCUGCAUUGUUGAGUAUGAACCAAAAAGAAGGAAUGGUAGUUAUAUGUGCUGACAAUAACAUUCUCAAAAUUGUAUUCAAAAAACUUGGAAAAAGUGUGAAAGAAAAUUUAUGGCAUUACAAAAUAACACCAGAUACCUUAACCAUGAUGACCAAAAAAAUUCGAUCGUUUUAUUUUGAGCAAAAAAAUGCACCUACGGCCGAUGAAAUAGCCAAUCUCUACACUGAUAUGUGGUUUUGCGAAUGGAAUAAUAUGAUAGAUUCGUUAGCCGCUCAUCCAGAUAGCCCUCCAGUUUAUAUUUAUCAUUUUACAUUUGACGGUGAAUAUAAUUUUUCUAAGAAAUGGUUUGGACACACCGUAUUAGAAGAUAUUAAAGGUGCAAUUCACGCUGACGAUGCUUCAUAUCUACUCACUUACCGAAUUUUAUUAGAAGAUUCCGAUGGUAACAUUGAAUACAAGGAGAAAGAAAGCGAAAUAAUCAGAAAAAUGGUUUCACUCGUCACGAAUUUCGUGAAAACGGGAAAUCCCAACAGUGCUGCCACUAACGAAGUGUACUGGAAACCAUUCCAUCCUCAAAAUCCUUCACAUCUUUUAUUCGAUGAAAAUUUAUCCAUUGUGGAAGAUAGAAUUAAUCCUGAACGAGUUGCUUUAUGGAAUGAAUUUAUUGAUAUUAUAAAAGAGGAAGAACCUACUGUGAACAAACCUGAAAAAAACCGUACUAAAAUGUCAAAUCUGGAUGAGAUGUCGGGUAGUAAUUUUAUGAGCAUGUUUAGUUCGUUCAAGCCUUGAAAAUGACCUGAUAUUUUGGUUUAAUCAACUUCCAAUGAAAUAUGUUAACGUGU